AUGCUCCGAGCUCUCUUAUUCUCCGCAUUCAUCGCCGCUUCUCUCGCCGCAGCUCUCCCAGCUCCCGGCGAAUUCGCAGACUGUGCAGCUCCAAAUGGCACAGAUAAACUGAUGCAUUGGUGGCAGUGCAAUUCGGGACCAGUUCAAUUUUUGAACGCGACACCUUACGAUUCAGCGGGAAAGAACUAUGAGUAUCCGAUUCAUUUGAGUCAACCGAUUGUUGUCAAAACCAUCAUAAAUAAUCCAUCAGCCACGUAUACUGCGGGAAAUUUGAGAAAUACUGUGAAUAUUUGGAAGUAUGGAGGAUGGGGUGGAUGUGUUUGGUCAUCGAUUCCAACUUUGGGACUUUUGUAAGUUCAGGGGGGCUUUUUAGGCUUCGGCCUAUUAGGCUUAGGGGGGCUUUUUGGGCUUAGAAAAGCUUUUUCAGGUUAGAAAGGCCUUUUGAGGUUAGAAAGGCCUGUUAGGCUCAGGAGGGCCUUUAGGCCUUUUAGACUUAGGAAGGCCUUUGAGGCUUAAGAAGGCCUUUUGGGUUUAGGAAAGCGUUUGAGCCUUUUAGGCUUAGGAAAGCCUUUAGGCUUAUAAAAGCAUUUAGGCUUAUUAAGCUUAGGAAAGCAUUUAGGCUUAUUAGGCUUAGGGCAUUUAGGCUUAUUAGGCUUAGGAAGGCUUUCAGGCUUAGGCUUAUUCCUAUUUUUAGAUAAAACUAUCAGCAAUAGAGCGCAUUUGCAACUACCUAAACCCCCGACACACGCCUUUUAAAUAUGACAAUUUUGGGCUUAAAAAAUCAGCGCGCUUGGCCGAGUGGUAUACACGGCUGCAGAUCAUUCACCCAGCCAGGGUUCGAUCCCACCCGCUGCCCUAACUUUUUUAUUUUUUUUUGAAAUUUAACUAGAAAUUUCGAAUUAUCAGUAGAGCGCACGUGGUUUCUUAUCAAAUGGGGUGUCGUUUUGAAGCCUUUUGAAAAAUCCAUCUCAAUUUUCAGAAAAGACCUUGAUGCUUGCGCCAACGGAGUUCCAUGUCCAAUCAAACCAGGAAACAAUCAAGAACUCGACGUCGUCGUCGAUUUCACCCAAUUCGAACAAAUCAUUCAACUCUUGAAAGACAAUCAACCCUAUCAAUUGGAAUACAUUUUGGACGACAAGAUCACCAAAGACGAAGCCUGUUUGAUGGUCCAAGCCUGGGCUUAUCUUAAGUAG